AUGGCAAGUAGCAGGUGGACGGGUUCGGACCUCGGAAAGGAGGAAGAGAGGGUGCAUGUGGUGCGUCUUCAGGACCAGAGUGUGUCAGGUGGUUACGGUAAUGCUGGACUUCGAUACAACUUAGUCGGUACUGGCAGGAAGGCCCCUAUCCAAGCUUCUCCGCCGGCCAAAUCAAUCCGUCCAAGGGAAAGAGUCGCGAUCAAAAACAAAUAUUUCUGUCUUCACCAACCGCGUCUGUCGAAGACCUACAAAAAAAAAGCCACUAUGGCGUGGUACAGCUCGUUACCUGCUCUGCCUCCGCCUUCUGAAUCCGUACCGGCCCCUUCGAAUGCGAGGAUUAAUGAACUCUAUGCAAGAGCAGCGGAUUUGCACGCCAAAUACAUCAACUCGAAUGGCGAUGGCUCUGCCUCGAAGAACACGACGACGAACUCGAAUUCGAAUAACUCGGAAGCGAGCUUUUUAACUAAAAUCGCUUCGACGGGUACACUCUCCGAUCGUCUGAGCGCUUUGACACUCCUUGUUCAAUCCGAUCCGAUACGUAACGCGAGGGCGUUGGAGCAGUUGAAGAGUAUGGCUGAAAGGGGGAAGGGCAAGGGAGGGAGGGAGGAGAGUUUGAAGGCGUUGAGGUGUAUUGUCGAUUGGUGGGUUGGAGGCGGGUGUCCGAAUAGGAAAUUAAGGUAUUUUAGAGAGUGGGGCGCGGUUUUGGAGGGUGGGAAGGAGAAGGGGGAGAAGGAGAGGGAGGAGACUUUGUUGGUGGUUUGUUAUUUUGAGGAUUGGUUGAAAAAGUUCUUUUUUGCGGUGUUGCAGAUUCUCGAGACUCUCUCACUUGAUCCUCUUCCAUAUAUCCGCACCCAAUCCCUCAACCUCAUCUCCACCCUCCUCAUCGACAAACCAGAGCAAGAGCACAACCUCCUCCGGUUACUCGUGAACAAGCUAGGCGACAAGGAGAAGAGCGUGUGCUCGAGGGCGUCGUAUUAUCUCCUGCAGGUGCUGCAGCGGCAUCCCCAGAUGAAGGGUGUCGUGGUGAGGGAGGUUAGAGGGGUUAUUGUCAAGUCCACAACUCCUACAGCUACUGGUUCGACGGGGACAAACUCGACAACGGGAACGGGCCCGAAAAAAAUCAAAUUCGACGAUGCGGGGAAACCUACGACGGCGACGAGUAAACCCCCGACGAACGAGAAGAAGACGACGGGCAAUCCGCAUGCUUUAUACUACGGCACGAUUACACUAAACCAGAUUGUUCUCUCGUCGGCGCAGGCGGAUAGGGCUGUUGCGGGGAUGCUAUUGGAUCUGUAUUUCGAUAUCUUCAGGGAUGUCCUAGGCGAGGACCGGGAGCCCUCAGAAGAGGACUCUUCUAAAGAUGAUGCUGGGAAGGGGAAGAAGAAGAAAGGAAAGAAGGGCGGGGAUGGGGAGGAGGAGGAAGUGAAGAUUGAUAAAAAAGGGAGAGUUCUUGACCGGAAAUCGAAGAAGGGGAAGAAGGGAGGGCCGAAGGAAGUUGUUGGGGCUGCUGGGUUUGCGGAGCUGGAGGAUUCGAAUUCGAGGCUUGUUUCGGCUGUGCUUACGGGUGUUAAUCGUGCGUUGCCGUUUGUCAAGGUUGGCGAGGAGAGGAUCGAGAAACAUAUCGAUACGCUAUUCUUGAUCACGCAUACUUCGACGUUCAAUACCUCCCUCCAGGCGCUCGUCUUGAUCCAGCAAAUUUCCGUCAUGCUCGACGACGCUUCGGGCUCCUCUUCCUCUUCUACGACAUCCUUAAAAUCCUCAAAGCCUUCAAAAGACUCAAAAUCAUCAAAAGACUCAAAAUCCACAUCAAAAGAGUCAAAAGACUCGGAAGGAAAAGCCAACCCCGGUCUAGCAUUAACAGCGAAACAGAUCCAAGACCGGUACUACCGCGCUUUAUAUGCUUCGCUGCAUGAUCCCAGGCUUGCGAGUUCGUCGAAACAGGCGAUGUACCUCAACUUGUUCUUUAAGUCUUUGAAGCAGGAUGUGGGGAGGAGGGAUAAGGAUGGGAAUGUGGUUGGUCAUGAGAGGAUUGUGGCGCUUGUGAGGCGGUUUGUGCAGGUUCUUGUUAGUGGGGGGAGUGGGAGCGUGGAGUUUGUGGCUGGGGGGUUGUAUUUGUUGGGAGAGCUCUUCAGCACGAUACCCGGUCUGCGCUCUAUACUCACCAAACCGCCCUCGUCAUCAUCGCAAGACCCGACGGCUUCGUACGACCCGCAUAAACGCACGCCGCAACACGCCAAUGCGUCGUCCUUGCCGCUUUGGGAACUCACCCCGCUCUUGACGCAUUACCACCCGACAGUGUCGUUACAUGCGAGGCAGCUGUUGAUGUGCCAACCGCUCAGUGGUGGGAGUGCGGAUUUGAGUUUGAAUACGUUGAGCCAUUUUUUGGAUCGGUUUGUUUAUCGGAAUGCGAAGAAGGGGAAGAAAGGGGAGGAUGGCGAGGCGGAUGUCAAGGGACGCGGAACGAGUGCGAUGCAGCCUGCUGCUAGUGCGCUUGAGGGUGUUAAACUUGUAAAGGGUGAACGGGGUGAUGUGGUUAACCCCAACGACCCCAAGUUUUUGGAGAGGAGGGUGGAGGAUGUUCCUGUUGACCAGCGCUUUUUCUAUGAGUAUUUCUCGAAUAAGCAGGCGAGGGAUAAAGCGAAGAGUGCGAAGGUUGCGAAGAGGAAGGCUGGAGAGGAGAGUGAGGAGGAUGAGGAGGGGUCUGACGGGGAGGAGACGGAAGCUGGCAAGAAGAACGAGAAGACUGAGGGGAAGAAGCAGGAUGAAAGUGAGGAUGAGGAGGAGAAGGAUGUGGAGGAGGAUGAAGAUGAGGAAGCGAGUGACGCCGAGUUGGAUGAAGAUGAAGUUUGGAAGGCGAUGCAAGCGACGAUGCCUAAAGCAGGCGAGGAUGAUGAUCUGCCUUUGGAUAGUGAUAUUGACGAGGAUAGCGAGUUGGAUCUGGAGGGGAUGUCGGAUAUGGACUCGGAUGAUGUCGACAUGGAGUCGGGUGAGAGUGGCGAUGAGGAGGAGGGUAGCGAGGUGGAGAAGGGCAGUGAAGCCGAGGAUGAAGACGAAGACGAAAAUGACGAAGACGGGGAUGACGUCCUCUCCCUAGCCGAAGCCUCUGAUAACGAGGACCUCGUUUCUCUCGACGACGUCAAGUUCCCUCCUGGUAUGCUCAUUGCUCAUCCUGGUUCAGACGCGGAAGGGGAGGAGGAGGAGGAAGAGGAGGAGUGGGGCGGCAUUGAAGAUGGCGGGAAGAAUAAGCGGAAGAGGGGUGGUAAAGAGGAGAGGAAGGAUAAGAGGAAGAAGUUGAGGUCGUUGCCUACGUUUGCGAGCUAUGAGGAUUAUGCCAAGUUGAUUGAGGAGGGGCCGGAGGAUGAUAUUUAG